AACGCUCAGUGCCUCAAAAAACAGCAAACAUUGACAUUAUGAGUAAGCAAGGUGAAUUUCCGCUGGUAAAACUCUCUACAAAGUUGUUAAGAAUCAUUCGUUUUUGGAACGAUUCCCCGGGACAAAGGAUUCCUUCCUUCGGUUUGCUGGUUACUGCCAUAUAUCCACUAAUAUGGCUUAUCCCUAGCUGGUUGUUUCUUGUGAGCUCGCAGGACAAUAUCACACGUUUCAUGAAGGCAGCUAACGAGCAGAUAGUGUUUUCUCUUAUCUGCUGCAAGUUGUGCUUCUACGCAAUUCAUUUUCGUCGUUGGGAGAAGCUGUAUUACGAUCUGCAACGUUCGUUCAGCACCGUUCUGAACAAUCCAAAUCUAGAGAUUCAAACCAUAUUGGGACACGUAACGAAAUCGACUCAUAACCUUACUAAAUACUACUGUUCUACAGUAAGCUUCAACUGUGCUGCGUACGGCUUAUUUCCAAUGUUGUUCAUAGUGGUUAAAUAUGCCGUGACGGGCUCGUACGACGUGCCGCUUUCAACACCGAUCGAGGCAAACUAUUUUAUCCCCGGCCUGCGUACAAACUUUUGGGUUUGGUUGCCAGUGAAUUUAACACUAAAUGCCAUACUGGAGUUGCAUGGGUUUGCUUUGGUUUUCGUUGAAACCUUCACAUGGAAUCUUGUGUAUGCCACAUCCUGUAUGUUUCGAAUCCUGCAAAUCCAGGUCAACGAGCUUUCGCAUCAAAGUCGAAAUGAAAAGGAAUGGAAUGGCAAGCUUAAAACAUUCAUAGCUCUGCAUGAUUCUGUGCUAAGAUCGGCUGAAACACUGGAGGAAAUAUUGAGUUUGCAGAUGUUAUUACUUUACAUAUCGACCAUUUUGGCUCUGUGUCUGGGUAUGGUCGUGCUGUCUUUGGCUGUCAAUGAGGUGUAUGUGCUGUUGACUACCAUGGCCGUAUUUGGUUACUGUAUUUUUCAAACCUUUUCCUUCUCUUACCUCGGCACUGAGCUCAUUGAGCAAAGCGAAGCAGUAGCGGAUGCAAUUUUCCACAGCAAAUGGUACACGCAGAAGCUGAACAGACAGAAAGACAUGUGUUUCUUGAUGAUGCGAGCAAAUAAGCCGGUGAAAUUGACUGCCGCCAAGUUGUUCGUUGUAACACGCGAUUCCUUCACCCAGGUGAUUAAACAGGCAUACACAAUCUUUACAUUGAUGUCACAGUUUUUGGACAACCCUGUGAAUUAAGAUAUUUGGAUUGUAGAGAAUCAUACAAUUGCGUAUCCAAUCACUUAUAAUUGACAGUGCUCUAAUAAACGCAAGAUUUGCAAAAUAUAUCGGAAAUAUCUCAAAUGAAAUACCUUAAUUUGUGCGUUUGGGAUUGACAGCGACAAAGGAAUGAAGAU